GUUUGACUCGAAAAGAGAUUCUUCUGAACAACAAUAAAUGAUGCAUCAGUAUUCUCAAAAUUAUUGUGUGGAGUCAACCAUUUUCCUGAAAACACUCCUUGUUUCUCCUUAAUCCAAAAAACCCCGUUUCAUAUUCAGCUCUAAAAUCUGGGUUUUAAGUCUGUUUCAGUAACAUGCAAACUAUUGAUUCAAUGGAAAUGGAUUCAGGAGAAAAGAGGCUUAAUGAGCUUGGUUAUAAGCAAGAACUCAGGAGAGAAAUGACACUUUUCAAGACAUUGGCAAUAUCAUUUUCAACAAUGACUUUAUUUACAGGGAUAACUCCUCUGUUUGGUUCAAGUCUACAAUAUGCAGGACCUGCAAGUCUUGUAUGGGGAUGGGUUGUUGUUUCCUUUUUCACUUGGUUUGUUGGUGUUGCCAUGUCUGAAAUUUGCUCCUCUUUUCCGACAACAGGUUCUCUUUACUUUUGGGCUGCACAUUUAGCUGGACCAAAAUGGGGCCCAUUUGCAUCUUGGUGCUGUGCGUGGUUCGAGACUAUAGGCCUUAUAGCUGGCAUAGGUACUCAGGCUUAUGCAGGAUCACAAGUCAUGCAGAGCAUCAUAUUGCUAUGCACCGGGACAAACAAAGGUGGAGGAUACUUUGCUCCAAAAUGGUUGUUUUUGUGCAUGUAUAUAGCAUUAACACUCAUAUGGGCUGUGCUCAACACAUUUGCCUUGGAAGUCAUCGCUUUCAUCGACAUUAUAUCUAUAUGGUGGCAGAUGAUUGGUGGCGCGGUUAUUGUUAUAAUGCUUCCACUGGUGGCUCUAACUACAAAGCCAGCAUCCUUUGUGUUCUCUCAUUUUGAAAUGAUGUCUAGCACAACGGGGAUAUCAGAUAAAGUAUAUGCAGUCGUUCUAUCAAUGCUUGUUAGCCAGUAUUCAUUGUAUGGAUAUGAUGCAGCAGCACAUCUUACUGAAGAAACUAGAGGAGCAGACAAGAAUGGACCUAUUGCAAUUCUUACUAGUUUAGGAAUCAUUUCUGUGUUCGGAUGGGCAUAUAUCUUGGCCCUCACUUUCAGCAUUCAGGAUUUGAACUACCUGUAUGAUACCAACAAUGAGACGGCGGGAGCAUUUGUACCAGCCCAGAUACUUUAUGAUGCAUUUCAUGGAAGAUACCAUAAUUCUGCUGGAGCAAUUGUAUUGCUUUUCAUCAUUUGGGGAUCCUUUUUCUUUGGUGGCCUUUCAAUCACUACAAGUGCUGCUAGAGUUGUGUAUGCAUUAUCCAGAGAUGGUGGAGUUCCAUUUUCAUCAAUCUGGCGAAAAGUUCACCCGAAGCAUAAAGUUCCUGCUAAUGCAGUGUGGCUCUGUGCAGCUCUCUGCAUUCUACUCGGACUCCCCAUAUUGAAACUCAACGUAGUAUUCACCGCAAUAACGUCAAUAUGCACCAUUGGGUGGGUUGGUGGUUAUGCAGUUCCAAUUUUCGCGAGAAUGGUAAUGGCGGAGGAAAACUUCAAACCCGGCCCAUUUUAUCUUGGGAGAGCAAGCAGGCCAGUUUGUUUAAUUGCAUUUUUAUGGAUUUGUUAUACUUGUUCUGUCUUUGUUUUACCAACUUACUAUCCUAUCUCAUGGAACACCUUUAAUUAUGCACCAGCUGCUUUAGGGAUAGUUUUGGGUCUUAUUAUGCUUUGGUGGGUUGUAGAUGCUAGGAAAUGGUUCAAAGGACCUGUUAGGAAUAUCGAUGCUCAAAAUGGCAAAGUUUGAGUAUUUUCUCCUUUAAAGGAAGAUAUAUAUACGAGUUUAUACUUUUUUUGUUGGUAGUCUCACAAGCUAUGUAAUGGAGAAUGCGAGUUGAUCGGAAAAAUCAAUAUCAUUCUAUGUAUCUAUUAGUACGCAACAAUUGCCGCAAUACGAGUCAAAUUUUUUACUAGUACAUAUGAGAAAUGGAGAUUGGUUUCG